CCCGGUUUGAGUGAGGCUGGCUCGUGACGGCGAACGAAAACAGGCAGGAAGCAGGAAGGCCGCAUACGGGUGAAGCCUCGGCGCGAUUGGCUCUCGACAAUGGCUAAAGGAGCGAAGCGCAAAGCCGGCAGUGGCGUACAGAACAGGCCCACCUACACGCGCAUCUCAUUCCUAUACCAGGCUGCCGCCUUGCUCGCCUCGACAAGGCAGCAACAGCCUGCCAAGGACCCCCUUGCGGACAGGCCCGCGCCUGAAAAACACGAUGGACAGGCGGGCCCAGCAGACGGCUCCGGCUCGGGAGCUCCGUCGCGAGAUGAGGAGAAGCACGGCGACCAUCGACAGCUGGAGGGCAUGUCGCGCCGUCUCCUCUCUGAUCUCCGCUCCGUCAGCCUCAAGAGCCAGAUCCGCCUCGGCCCGGCCCUGAAGCGCACCGUCUGCAAGUUCUGCGACACACUCCUGGUUGAGGGCCGGUCGUGCACCUCGACCGUCGAGAACAAGAGCAGAGGCGCCAGGAAGCCCUGGGCGGACGUGCUAGUCAUCACGUGCGACACCUGCGGGCGGGCUAAGCGGUUUCCCGUCGCCGCGCCGAGGCAGAAGCGGAGGCCGUUCCGGGACGCGACCGAAGAGAAGGCAGCUGGAGGCGCGGCAGGGACUACUGGCCAAAAGACACCACCUGACUGACACACUGAAAACUCUUGAACGCAUCCGAGGCAAAGGGCUACCCUGAGGUUGUCCAUCUAUGCUGCCUUGACUAAAAGGAGACGCUCAACAACGCCAUGCCAGAACGGCUCGGCGUCGAUCAGGUCUUCCAGGAGUGCGGCUGGUUUCUUACGCCUACCAACUGCUUGAAACCUGACAAGAGGAAAGCAGUCCUCAAUGUUAUCUUUAUGGCCUCCCUGCUGGAAAUUCUGGCACUGCUAUCCCCUAUUCACGAGCUAGCCUCCCUCAUAAUCUGGGCAGUGGGCUGCAAGAACGAGCACGGCCCGUUUUUGCGGUGUAACUGAACACACACCAGUUCCUCCCUAUCACUCACCUCCCUGACCGCCCUGCUGCUGGUCGCGAACCGCCUCCUCGCCCAACUUGCUCGCAGCCAUAAACCUUUCGGUGGGCCGAGUGUCAGUAUCUACUGGUGGCUCUGCAGAGAGGAAGGGGGGAGGAUGGAAUGAGUGGCAAAAAGAGACGAGUCUCACAUUCCGGCAUGCCAGCUCCCGAGCCCGCGCAUGGCUUCUGCUUGCACGCUCGUCAUGCGCAGCAGGUUCUCUGUGUCGGCGAGGUUGGCUGAUAGCUGGGCGAGCUGAGAGUGGAGAUGCGACUGGAGAAUUCAGUCAGUCAUGACAAGGGAUACAAACUGAGACUCGUUCGCCAUUACCCACGCCCAUGAGUGUCAAAUACAUCUAUGAGCUUGCAAACAGGCCGUGCCCGGCCCAUCUCCUA